CUGAACCGGUGGUGUGCUCAUGGAAAAAGAGCGAUAAUAAGUGGGUAUCCCUCUGAAGUUUAGCAAUACAUAUCCCCAGCUUGAUAGGGAGGUUAUGACACAUCGUCCCUCGGUGUCCCAAAGUCACAGGAGCCAUGAAGCUUCGGCUGCACUUUGUGGUGGACCCCAUGGGCUGGUUCUGCAUCAGUAUGGUGUUCGCCAUCUGGCUCUACAACUCCUUCUUCGUCCCCAAGUUGGUGCUACUGCCCCAUUUCUAUGAGGGGCAUAUACCCUGGGCCUUGGUUGUCAGUUACUACGUAGCAUCAGCCCUCUGUAUGGCAGCACUUUUUAGAGCUUCUACAGCCGACCCUGGCCGACUCCCACAUGACCCCCUCAUCCCUCACUCAGAACGAGAGCAGUGGGAAAUGUGUACCAAGUGCAACAUGAUGAGACCAAAACGGUCCCACCACUGCAGUCGCUGUGGCCAUUGUGUACGUAGAAUGGACCACCAUUGUCCAUGGAUAAAUAAUUGUGUAGGGGAGGACAACCACUGGCUCUUCUUGCAACUCUGUUUUUACACACAGGUCCUCAGUUUGUUCACCCUGGCUCUGGACUUCUGCCAGUUCUAUUACUUCCAGCCCUUGACCACAUUGGACCAGGAGGCAUUCAUGGCACGUCAUGAGCUCGCCCUGAUACGAGUGUCUGCGAUCAUGGGUCUGGUGAUGUUCGGAGGCAUGAGCAGCCUCUUCUAUACUCAGGUGGCUGGCAUCCUGACAGACACCACCACCAUUGAGAAAAUGGCUCACUUCUCAAAUGAAAUAGGCGGGUCUGGUGGUGGGUCAAAUAAAUCCUGGCAGCGGACUCUGGCCGAGGUGUUUGGCACUACCUGGAAAAUUCUGUGGUUCAUCCCGUUGAGGAGCAGGCAACCACUGACCUUUCCCCACCACUUCCGCAGUCAUGUGUAGAUAAGUGGAGCUCUGUCCCACUUCUGUCCAGACGGUAGGCUGCCAUCUCUGACAGAGAAUACACUGUGCACACUCUCAGUGCCCCCCGUCUGCCUUCACCUCCCUGUUUUGUGCCAUCUAAGCUGGGUGGUAGUAUUGGUUGGCUGUGGAUACCUUUUUUGUCUUUUUCUAUAGGAAUCAGAUUGAAAGUACUUGAACUGGGUCACAAACUUCUGCGACAGUCGAGAUACAUUUUACCCAGUGCAACCUAGUGCCCUCUCUUUUACUUACUAGGGGCUCCUUUGUGCUCUGUUGUCACAUUGAGGAAACCACUUUAAUGGGACAUUUAUUUUGAAGGAAACUUUGACAAAAGGGAAAUCACUAAGAACCACAAGUUGAUUGUAGGGCCAUGUAGAACUUCAAACGACACUAAAUGUUAACUCUAACCUCAUAGCCAAUAGACAGCCCUUUAAAAAAAUAGAUAUAAUUUGUACCUUCUUCUUUGGACUUUUGGUCCAUUUAUGUGUCAUAAAUCAACAGUGUUUCUGCUGUUGUCUGGUAGGCUGUGGCCUGUUGUUUUCCAGAUAAAAAAUGUCAUUUUUAGUCAGUCUUUUACAGAAGGCUAUACAAGUAAUUAUUUUGGGAAGAAGUUCGAUAUCAAGUUGUGGGAAAGUUGGUUUAUGGAUUGCUAUAAGGAAGAGUAGUUCCGUGAUUGAACUGCAUUCCAUAAUUAUAUGGUAAAAGAGUUCCUUUGCUUGACUUUUUUACACAUCUUUUUUAAAGAAUGUGUUAUGAUGUUCCUACCAAAAAGAAAUUCCACUAGUAACACCUUAUUUGAACAAUGCUAUAAUGCCUAGAUCAUAAGGUAAACUUAAAGUUGCCAUGAAACUGUCAUUAUGUGUUAUAUCUUUGAUAUUUGCUCCAUAAACCUUUAAUGAAUGGUUUGAAGGAGAAUUUACUUACCUGGCUGAAUAAAGUUAUAUAUUAUGUUAUAUUAGUAAUAUAUUAUGCACUGAAACAAACGUUUUAGUGUACCACAGAUCAGGGGCGCAACUUUCACUGGGGACGGGCGGACAUGCCCUCCCCCAUAUUCUGAAAUUGCGUUUUUGUCCCCCCACAGUUUUAUCAUUGGAAUUUGAUACAAAACAAGGUAACGGUGGGCUUUAGGACUAUGCGGACGCCUCCGAGCGGUCGGGUAGGCUGUUUGGAGUG